UACUGUACUCGCUCUCACUUAAUUCCUAGUGAUGAAAAGCGCACCGCCACGCCUACUUUAUCUAAAUACUCGGCGAAUGUGGGGCAACGAGAGAGUCACAUACUAACUAGCCGCUCCAUUUUAGCAAAAUGAAAUCCUAACAGAUCUGUGGAGUAACGGACAAAGCCGCUAAAUGUUAAAAUAGCCAUCUUUAGCACGAGUUUUUCCGACAUCAGAAGAGCUGGUCUUUGACCCUAGUGAUCUGGAACAAAGGAGAGAAACCUACUGUCUAAUCCAUCUGAGGUGAAUAAACAUGCUCAUUAAUCAGUAGUGGAUAACGGACACUUCCUGUCAAAAAGGUAAUAGACGGCAACUUUGCCACAUACUGCUGCUUGGAGUUUCCAUACUCUAAUGGCUAACAUGAAGGAUAAUAUCUUGCAUGUAAAAUUCACUGCAUCUGUCCUGAGUGACUCACAACUGGAAUCUUCUGAAAGUUCCAGUGACAGAGAUGAGAAGCACUCUAUGCUUGAUGGCAAUGCUUAUGUAGAGAAAGACAUACAGAAAGAAUCCCUCAACAUUAAGGAGGAAACGGAAGAUAAGGAGUCUGUCAGCAUUAAAGAGGAGAUUUCUACCCAUGAGGGUGUCUACAUUAAAGAAGAAAAUUGUGAACAAGCAUACAUAGACAAUAACGAGACUGACAAUACAGCAUGUUCUGUUAAUAUAAAAAAGGAGUUUUUUGACAAGACAUUGAUUCAAAUGAAAAUUCAUGAUCAUGAACCUACAGAUAGUUUAGACAGAGAAAAUUUUAAAGUAGAGAAUGUUUCCGAUACAAAAGAGACAGCUAAUUUUAAUUUCAUUCAGAGACCUAAUUUUCCUUCACUGCCAUUUGUUCUUGAAGAUCAGAACAAAUCUGGAUAUUUUUGGGAUAAUGAAAUGGCUGUACAAGACACAUCCUGCAGAGAUCAGGAGAGAGGACCAAUGCCAUCUCUUACUGCUAAGUCUGAAACAAAUGAACAAGGAAUUUCUUCAAUGCCCUCAUGUUUUGGACCUCUGGAGACAUGCGAAAGCAUUCAAAUUCAUCCUGUUGAACCUUUUACAUCAUUUCAGAUGCUUGCUAAAUUUGAAACCUCAAAAAACCACCACCACUUCUCUGAUAACAAUGUCAAUGAGAAAGAGACAAUGGAGACAACAGUUGCAGAAAUUGACAUGGGAAAUCAGACUGAUCAGAAAUCUUACAACCAUAUUGAGCGUGAUAAGCCAUUUAUAAAGAAAACUAAUCUCCAAGAACAUCAGAGAAUUCAGACUGGAGAGAAGCUACAUUAUUGUAGUGAUUGUGGGAAGAUGUUUAGACAGAAAUGUCACCUUCAGAUACAUCAACGAAUACACACAGGAGAGAAACCUUACUGCUGUACAGAGUGUGGUAAGAGUUUCACUUGGAAAAUUAGUCUACAGGAACACCAGAGUAUUCACACUGGAGAGAAACCAUAUUGCUGUAGAGAAUGUGGUAAGAGUUUUGCUUGGAAGAUUAGUCUUCAAGAACAUCAGAGAAUUCAUGUUUUAGGAAAACCAUAUGGCUGUGCUGAAUGUGGAAAGAGAUUUACACGAAAAAAUCACCUUGAGAAACAUCACAGAGUUCAUACUGGAGAAAAGCCAUAUUCCUGUACAGUAUGUGGAAAAAAGUUUACACAAAAAGUGAGUCUUGAAGAUCACCAAAGGGCUCACACUUUAGGGAAGCCAUAUGACUGCAAAAUUUGUGCUAAGAAAUUUACAGUGAGAACAUCCCUUCAUAAACACAUGAUGUUACACUCUGGAGAAAAGCCGUAUCGUUGUGUGGAUUGUGGUAAAUGUUUCACAUGGAAGGUUAGCUUUCAAGAACAUCGAAGAAUUCAUACUGGAGAGAAUCCUUACUGCUGUACUGAAUGCGGAAAAAGUUUUUCGUGGAAAGUUAGCCUCCAAGAACACCAAAAGAUUCAUACUGGAGACCGACCUCAUGCUUGUCCUGACUGUGGGAAGAGGUUCACAAAAAAAAGUGAUCUUUUAAAACAUCAGAGAAUUCAUACUGGAGAAAAACCCUAUGGCUGUACAGAAUGUGGAAAAAGAUUCAAACAGAUACAUGGGCUUCGAAGGCACCAGCGAAUUCAUACAGGAGAGAAACCAUACUGUUGUAUGCAAUGUGAAAAAAGAUUCACACGAAAAAUCAGCCUCCAGGCACAUCAAAGGAUUCACACUGGAGAAAAGCCGUAUUGUUGUGCAGAAUGUGGCAAAAGUUACAGACAAAAAGGUCAUUUACAGUUGCACAAAAGGAUCCAUACAGGAGAGAAUCUAUAUUGCUGCACAGAAUGUGGGAAUAAGUUUACUCAGAAAAUUAGUCUUCAGUUACACCAAAGAGUGCAUACAGGAGAGAAGCCGUACAGCUGUACAGAAUGCGGCAACAGAUUCACACAGAAAGUUAGUCUUCAGCUGCAUCAGAGAAUUCACACUGGAGAAAAGCCGUACUCAUGUACUGAAUGUGGAAAAAGGUUCACUCAAAAAAAUCACCUUCAGAAACACUACAAAAUUCACUCUAGUUGAGACAAGUAUAUAGUAGUACACGUGGAAUUAUGUUUAUAGUGUAUAUAUAAAAUAAAAUGAAUAUCUUACAA